AUGAAAAAAUAUGCAGUGGAACCGGCUGGUGAAAUUGAACUUUUUCAAGUGGCUAUUCCGCUCUCUAGUGGUGAAUAUAUGACCGUGUCACUGAUUAUGCAUGCUUGGCUUACAGUUCCAUAACCUUGAUCCCUGCAGUCACAUCACACCGGCAAGAUCAUCUGCCUUCCCCAACGCUGGAAAACUCAGCUGUCACAUUUGUUUUUAACUGGUCCUUGAUUUUUUAAGAUUGAACAUGGAUUAUUGAUUGAAAAUGUACAUUGCAGUCUGGUUAGCAUAUAGCCUACAAUGGGAUGGCCAUAACGAUACUCAAUCCCGCAAAAUACAUUUCGAAUGUAUGCAACGGAUGCUUUAUGUCGUUUCCCAGCAUUUCUGGUGACAUUGGGCCCAGGGCUGAGAGGGCUGAUGCCCGUAACCUCCUGUCCCUAUGUCACGUGAGACCGUUUCUUAUCCUGUUACCGCACGCAUCGGGGGUGUGUUCAGCGCGUAGUGCUGGAAAUACCCUCAUUCUGCCAUUUAUAGAGGGUCUUGCAAGACGUUGAGUCGUGACAACAGAACCAAAUUAUGUAGGUUCUAAGGACACAGAGAACGGUGGCGAUUCUGUGCUGCAAAGUUAAAUGGGAAAUCUGAUGGGCAGUUGGCGUUACAAGGAGCCGAGCACUGUGGAGGAAUGCGACUCUACAUGGGGGUCGGAUUCAGAGAGCGACGAGCAACCGGGAGACAACUACAGCGGGAUUUCGGAUUCCGUCAGCCCGACGGAUACGGGGAGAUGCGCCGAUCCAACGGACACAUCCCCUCAGCUGUCAGGAUCUCCUGCCAUCAAGAUGAAGAGAAGCUUUUAUGCUGCAAGAGAUCUCUACAAAUAUCGUCACAGCUACCCGAACUACAAGGAGUUUCGGCAAACCAAUGAUUAUCGCAACCUCCGCUUCUACCUGAACAAGAUUCCUCUGGUUCCAGAUGGUAUCUACAUAGAGGAGAUCCUGAACACCUGGAGGGGAGAUUAUGAGAAACUGGAGCACAAUCACACCUAUAUACAGUGGCUGUUCCCGUUAAGAGAACAAGGGCUCAACUUCUACGCUCAGGAGCUGACGCAGGAGGAGAUGAAGGAGUUCCAGAACACCCGCGAGGCCAAGCGCAGGUUCCUCCAGGCUUACUCCCUCAUGCUGGACUUCUAUGGGAUCAAGAUGCUGGAUAAGAGCGGGAACGUAGCCAGAGCUUCCAACUGGAAGGAACGCUUCCAGCACCUCAAUGAAUCCCAGCACAACUACCUCCGCAUCACGCGCAUCCUCAAGUCCCUGGGUGAGCUGGGCUUCGAGUCCUUCAAGCGUCCUCUGGUGCGCCUCCUGCUGGAGGAGUCGCUGUGCCACGCCACUUUACCCAGCAUGCAACACAGCGCCCUGGAGUACUACGUUUACACCGUCCGCCUCCCCGCCGACCGCCGUCGCCUGCUGCGCUACGCGCGCCAGCACUACCGCCCCGCCCAUGCCUUCCUCUGGGGUCCCCCGCUCAGGAGGCCAGGGGCUGGGGGAGGGGGCGGGGCCAGGGCAGAGCCCACCCCGGAGAAGGAGAGGAAGGGGAGGGAGCAUAAUCCUCUCCCACGAGGACGCAGGCAAAUGGGGAGGCAGGACUCGGUGGAGAGCGGGGCGGGAGGAAUAGGCGGGGCCAGAACCUCCAGGGAGGGGUCUACUGAGAGGGGGAGGGGCCCAGAAAGGGGAGGGGAGUACGUUGAGACUGUACCACUGUAGAACAUGAAGGGCUUUAAAUGAUUUAGUCUGUGGUAGGAGAGAGAUAUGUUGAGAAGUGGGGGAUGGGAGAGUAGGGGUGAGAGUGGGGUAUUCACUGUAGCAAUAUUAUCCUAUAUACUGUCUUUUAUUUGCCUUUAUGGACUAAAAUCUGUGUUUAGUAGCAGGCACAAUCUGAAACUGUAUUCUAAUCUGUGAUUACUCCCUGUUCACUCCUAUAUUAUUCCUCUUUUUAUAUAUAUAGAUAGCGUGCACUCAGCUAUGAUCAUACAGUCUCCUCUGACCAGGCUGGGUGCCUUAGGUAGGGCCGUAGAGCAACACAACACUGGUUUUAUGAUAGAAACAAGUGAUGUGAUUGGAUGAUUGGAGUGAGACACAGGUGCGUGUGUAAGAUAGUUUCUGGGUGGAAUCUUGCACCUCUGACAAUCCUUGUCUUCCUGAGUGAGAUGCUGGAUAGUGGCUGUUAUCCAGGUUUAGAGAGGCCUGGGAGAGGGGAGAUGAUAUCUAACCCUGUAUCAGAGGUUAGGGUUUGAAGAGCUUCAUGAAAAUGACUUCCUGGUUGCUUCCUGGACUGAUCUUCCUAUUGGCUGUUGAACCUUGUAAUUGAGGGGAUUGGCUGCCAAUUCGCAUAUAGUUUUUAACUCGCACUACUAGUCAGGCAAUUCUGAAAUAAUUGUAAAGAGUUUUUUAGGUAUGUUGUGAAGUGUAUGAUGAAAUGGAUGGUAGGAUGUAUUUGUGUGUUUACAUGUGUGUGUGUGUGUAUGGACGGUGUGUGCAUGUGUGUGUAGUGUUUAUUAAGUGCCUAUUUUUCUAUUUGUUACUUAUUUGCAGUUUGAAAUAUGUGUCUUCAACAACUUUGUAGUGGUUUUGUACUGCAGUUGAUACCCAGUACCUUGAACAACAAAUUAUCCCAGAAUUCCUUUUGGCUCGAGUAGCAUUUCAGUUCUGAGUGCUCCAGAAUAUGGGUGUAGUUUGUAGCAUCAUUACUUGAAUCCAAAAUGCAUAUUACAUGAAAAGGCCUAUACAGUAAAAUUGUAUGUUUUCUAUUAAGUAGAGAAGAUAUGAAAUUGUAGAAUUUGUAUGUAUGUAUGUUCUUUUCACAGGUACUGUAUGUGUUACUGUACAGACACGCACACACGUCUAUAUACGGGGACAUGCUCUCACUCUGGAAAAUACAUCUCUCUUUCCCCUCUUCUUUCAUUCCUGCUCUCUCUAUUUGUCUGAGUCUCUCUCACCAACUACACAAUCUCAAGUGCAGUAAAUGCCAGUACACUCGAGUCAGGCCUGAAUGCUGUGGGUCUCUGUAGAGAUACCUGCUGUCUUAAACGUGUGUUGAACGUCUUUCGAUUUGGACGUGUCCAUAUGUUCACUUCUGUACGAUUUGUAAACUGUACAACUGUUCAUGGUUUGUAUGAAGCUUCCACUGUAUUCAAAAACGGCUGAUU